AGAGAGGAGAGCAGCAGCAGCAGAGAGCUCCGGGAGGAGAGGACGAGGAGGGAGAACAUUUCACUUUAAUGGGUUCAUUUUAACGGUUUUUGGAGCUGAACUUCGUCCUCAGGAUGUGAAGUUCAUCUGGUUGUUUUUUAUUGAGGAACAUCCGCGGAAUUUGUCGCCCCGGUGGAGCAACAUGGACGGAUAACCGGAGCGCUAGUCCUCCUGUGAUGGUCCUGAGAGCUCCAGUGCGUCUGUUUCACAUUAAUGAAAGCAGAUGCUUCUGAUCCCUGCGAGUGCUACUGGUUUCUACUGGAUUCUACUGUCUGGAGCUUGUCUAUUAUAAGUUUAUGGAUUUCCUCCAGCUUCACUGUGAAUAAAUCAACAACAACAACAACAACAACAUGUAUGCUGGACGGAAAAGAAGAAAACCGGCGCAGAAGGGUCUCUCUACGUCCAGAGUCAAACCGACCCCAACUGAAGUCGCCAAGUCCAACCCGUCCAAACGCCACCGCGACCGCCUGAACUCAGAGCUGGACCGGCUCGCCAGCCUGCUGCCCUUUCCUGAAGACGUCAUCUCCAGCCUGGACAAACUGUCCAUCCUGAGGCUCAGCGUCAGCUUCCUCCGCACCAAGAGCUUCUUCUCCGUGGCGCUGAAGAACCAGCUGUCUAACGGCCUGAAGAAGAGCAGCGAUCACAGUGAUGACAGCAAAGCGUCUGUGGAUGGUCGCAUACCUGAGGGGGAGCUGCUGCUGCAGGCCCUAAACGGCUUCGUCCUGGUAGUGACAGCUGAGGGAAUCGUCUUCUUCUGUUCUCACACCAUCCAGGAUUACCUCGGCUUCCAUCAGACCGACGUGAUGCACCAGAGUGUGUUUGAUCUGAUCCACACUGAAGACCAGCAGGAGUUCAGGAGCAACCUGCACUGGGCCCUCGCACCCCCUGCCAGCCUCGGCCCCCCCACGGAUCCCUCAACAGAUGGCGAGUCGGUGUCGACCUCUUCCUGCCUGGUGAGCUACAAACCCGACCAGCUUCCACCUGAGAACUCCUCCUUCCUGGAGAGAGGCUUCGUCUGCCGCUUCCGCUGUUUGUUGGACAACUCCUCCGGCUUCCUGGCGUUGAACAUCCAGGGUCGACUCAAGUUCCUCCACGGUCAGAGCCGUCAGAAGUGCGACAGCGAGGGGAGUACCCCACCUCAGCUGGCCCUGUUCGCCAUCGCCACACCCCUCCAGCCUCCGGCCAUCCUGGAAAUCAGGACCAGGAACAUGAUCUUCAGGACCAAACACAAGCUCGACUUCACACCCAUGGCCUGCGACGCAAAGGGUAAAAUUGUUCUGGGCUACACCGAGGCGGAGCUGAGAGUUCGAGGUUCGGGUUACCAGUUCAUUCAUGCUGCCGACAUGCUGUACUGCGCCGAAAAUCAUGUCCGAAUGAUGAAGACGGGCGAGAGCGGCCUCACCGUCUUCAGGCUGCUCACCAAGGACAACCGGUGGAAGUGGGUCCAGGCCAACGCCAGGCUCGUCUACAAGAACGGCAAGCCAGACUACAUCAUCGCCACCCAGAGGCCCUUGGUGGAUGAGGAAGGGGGGGAACACCUGAGGAAGCGAUCGAUGCACCUUCCCUUCACAUUCGCCACCGGAGAGGCGAUGCUCUACCACACCGGUUAUCCAUUGCACGGCUUCCCCGAUUCCUUCCAGGGCAAAGCCAAAGGCAGCAAGUCCAAGAAAGGCAAACUGGACAAGAGCUCUUCAGAUGACCUGGACCCAAAGUCCUUGCUGGGAGCGCUGAUGAGCCAGGAUGAGUCUGUGUAUGUCUGCCAGCCGGACACAGAGCCUAAGAUGUCUUACCACAGCAGCCUUUUUAGCGAGCAGCAAGAUGACAGUGACGGCUUUAGUGGCUUGUUAAGUGGCGACAGCUGGCAUAUCACAUCUAACGGGGAGACGGGGAGAUGCACUAGCAAAACAUCCAGUUAUGACCCACUGCUGGCCACUUUGGACUCUCUGUCCCUGGACGGAGAGGAAACGUGCUCCAACAGUGAGCUCUUUAACGCCCUGGAGAACCUGGGCCUAAAUGCUGAAGACCUGGAGCUCCUGCUGCUGGACGAGAGGAUGAUCCAGGUGGAGCUGGGCCCCAACCACAUCCCAACACUUACUGACCUUCUCACCAACAACGAAAUCCUCUCCUACAUCCACGACUCACUGGAAAGUGGGGCAGAGGGGCUAGAACAAGGAGAAAGAGGUGGAUUCGGACCUUCAACUCGUCCACCGGACCCAGCCCAAAGCGUAUCCCAGCAGCCACAGGCGUGCCUCACACCUGCUGUCCCUCCAGCUCUGCCCAUCAUCCAGCUGUCGCAACAGAUGCAGCAACACAUCAGUGCAGGUGAGCUGAUGAAAUCUCAACAGAUUCAGUCUGUCUCCCAACCUGGAACAGGGAUUCCUUACCACCAUCACCCUAACAACCGCACCCAUCAUCACCCACAUACUGUACUCAAAGCCUCGCAGCUGAACGGUGAACAUAAACACAUUAACUCGCUUCUGGAAUCGAGUCAACAGUGGCAGCUUCAGCAGGACCCGCGCUCGGUCCACCUCCAGUCCCAUCAGCAGGUUAGCAGCUCGAGCGCCUUGCUGCCUGGUUUCCAGAAUCAGCUCGGACUCACAACAAACGGAUCUUACAUCCCAAACGGACACACAGCCUUUCCACCAAACGUGGAGGUCGGCCACACAGGUUACAACCUCUCCAACAUGACACACGCAGGUGGCACAGUGCUGAAUGGCGUGACCACACCGGACGUAUGCCACUACCAGAGUUUGGUGGCCGCCACUCGUCCCUACCAGCUGCAGGGUCACCAGAAACACCAGCCGAUGUUGCAGCAGACUCAGGUUCCACCAUCCUGUUUGCCCCAGUGUCCCACCCAGAGCUCUGCACUGGAGUUAGAGCAGUUACUGGGUCUGUCCCAGCCACAGCACAGCCUGCCGUCAUUAGAGGCCUACAGCAUGUUCAACACCACCACACAGGACUCCACUCACAGCAAGCUGGAGAACGGUUGCCUCCUCAGUGCCACCAACGCAGCGUACAUCAGGACGUGUCUCAUGCCCAAUGGAAAUGGAGUGGCGACGGGCGACAUCCCAGACGGACUCCCCACCCUGCAGGACCCCCAGAAAUCAGGAUUUUUCCUCUGAUAGGAUGAUGGCAGAGCAUCCGAGGAGGCUAGAAGAGAAGAGAAGGUACAUAAGGACACAUCUUUUUUAUUCAACAAUUACAGAAAGACUUUAUAUCAGGUUCUCUCUGUUAUGGUGUCUCAUCCUUUAGUCCGACAUCACUACUCGGAGAACCGACAGGGAAAGACGUGUUUGUGUCUGUCACACUGCGUAUUAUAAUAUUGCUAGUCGUGCGCUCACUGAAAGUUACAUUUGUAUGUUUGGAUAAGACUCGGGCUCUUUGUUGUCAGGUGUUUCCAGUUUGCUGGAGCACGUACCUGAUAGGAGCUCAUCACUUUCUGAUCUGUAUAGACACGGUUAAAGUCCUGAAGACAAGAGAGACCGGUCUCUCUCUAGCUGUAUCAUCCCAUGCUGAUACUCCAAUAACUCAGUUGAUAAAAAGAACAAUGACUUACUUUUUGCUGGAUCACUACAAAUGUUGUAACACCAUAUAAUAUAAUAGAAAGCAGAGUUUCAGCACCGGACUAUUCAAAUGAACUCACUCUCAUAAUGUGCAUCCUUCCCAUUACUGCUGACUAUUUCCUAAAGCACACUGUACGCUUUAAGAUUCCUACUUUACAAGUAGCUGUUGGUUAACAACGUACCCUUUGACAAAUAAAUAAAGCUGCAUAAGAUUGACUUGCUCUAAUAUCACAACCAAGCUUCAGGUCUGCUACUUGAUUUUUAAUAUUAUACCGGUAUGCUUUGAAGAAUGGUCUGCAGUUAUAUUUAAACAAUAGAUUUGCAGUUAAUGGGCUGAAUGAAAACCACCACCGAUGGAGAUAUAUAAUGUCUCUACAGUAUUUUGAUUGAGAACAUUUGUGUGUGUGGAAAUAACACUCACAAACUUUAACUUCAAGAUUACAUUUGUAUAAGAACAAGCUGCUUUCACUGUACUGAUAAUCUGCUUGUUUUUCCGUAUAGGGGAAUCAUGUGGAGAGGGAACCGUAGAGAUGAGAUUUGGGCUGAACACACCAACAGAUUAUUUAAACGUUCGUAGAUGUAGGUGACCUGUAGGGUUAGUAGAUGUCGUUCGCCCUGGUGCUUUACAUGUCGACAAAACAACAUUUCAUUCUUAUGGUUAAUAUUGUUGAGAUGAGAUUCAAACAGAUGGUCAAAGUUUAAAAUCAGAACGUUUUUAUUUGUUCACCGCGUUUAUCCUAAUGCUGCAUUUUAACCUACUUGAGGUUUACAAUGAUGUUGUGCACUUACUUAAUAUUAGAGACAUAAUCAGAAAGGAUCUGAUUUGUCCGUCAGUGGCACUGAAAUCCAACAUUAAAAAGCAUUUUAGUUUCCUGACCGGAGACAGUGUGAAAAUCUCCCGUUAAUGCCUUGUCUCGGCGGCCUCGGCCAGUCCGACCCCCGCUUACUUUAUCCUGCAGUCGCGUCACGUGGGAAACACUGAGUGCACUUACAUGCACACAGUAAUCCAUUAAGGACCUAAUUGUAAAUAAUAGAUUACAACUGAAGGCUGAAGAGGAAGCGCAUGGAAGUAUUUCUCAAGUGUUUGUUUACCUGUGAUCACAAAUGAUUGAGAGAAUAUAUACGCACUUCAAUGUAGGAAACAGUGGGUUUUUUAUUUUCAUCUCUGGCCAUUAUGUUUAUGUGUGUAAACCAAUUUAAAGUAAAGAUCAGAAGCAAAGUGAAAGUGCUCCUUGAUCCGUAGUAUUAGUUGGAGACUCAAACCAAACCAUGCUAACCCGGCCAGGCUUAGCAGAUAGCUCUAAUGCAGAAAUGAUGCAUUUCAACUUCUGUUAAAGCCACUACAUGUACGAAGGGUUUGAAAAUGUCCUACUUCAAAACGGAGACUUUAAUACAGCUGUCAUGAAGACAGUAUUGUGUCUUUGUUGUCUUUGUUUUUGUCAAACAAACGUGUCACCAGACAUUCUCUAAACAAUAUCACGAAACCCGACUCCCUCUUGAAGAAUCAUAACCUGGACUCCUGCGUCCAUCAGUGGGACAUGAGAGCUCAUGCUGCGUUCAUGUCAUGUCAGAUUAAAGGGAUAGUUUGGAUGAAAUAAGCUUGUAUGAAGUACCUUUCCAUAGUCAGUGUAUUACCCACAGCAGAUGGAGUUUUUAGACACCUAAAACUCAAUGAAUCAAGUGUACGCCAUAUUUAGAAUAUUUUCACCGCUUCCCUCUCCGAUGGGAAACUGAACUCUCUUCAAAUCACCAGACUCCUUUGACAAUUUCAUUCAUUUGACCUCGCAGAACACGGGAGUUGCUGGUCUACCGCCGCCUCGAUCGGUUAGUUAGUUUGUGUUAUUGUGUGACUUUGGUGUUUUAAAGGGUUAGUUCAGAAGUCACACAAUAACACGAACAAACUAACCAAUCUAGGCGGCGGUAAACCAGCAACCCCGCAUGUUCUGAGAGGUAAAAUGAAUGUUUUUGUCAAUCAGUCCACCAUCUACUGUAGGUAACACACUGACUAUGGAUAAGUACCUCAUACAACCCGACUUCAAAACAUCCAAACUAUCCCUUUAACUGUAAAUAACAGAUGCAGCUUCUUAACUGGAUAUUAUGUUUAAGCAAAUUGUAAUUAACAUGUGUGGAGUCUUUUCUUUUUCUAGAUGAAAAUAAUAUGUGUCCAAAAAUUUGAUUUCAAAUCAAAAUGAUCAUUUACAUUUAUAAGAAGUUAUAUAUACGUGCUGAUUGAUUUGAACAAACCAUGUUAAACUAGCUCAGUUCUGAUGCGACAUGAACACAGCAUUAAAGAAGCUGGACGACAGACUGGACAGCAUUUAGCAUUUAGCACCGACUCAAAAACCAAAUGAGAAACAUGUGAACACACAUGUGUCUGCAGUUGCUCCAUUGUUGAAUGUCUUGUGUAAACUGUAACAUGAAGCUUUUAUUUCACUAUAAAAAAAGGUGCUGAAAAGUGAUUUGUGGAUUUUGGUAGCAUUAGCUGAUGACGAACGUCACAACAACGAAACGCAUUUACAGAUUUGCCUCUUUGUUUUUUGUCUUUGCAAUUUUUUUGUAAACUGACUUUUCUUAUAAAACAGAAUAUUUAAACCAGUUGUGAGAUCAAAUGCUGUAUGAAAGAUUAUAAAAUGACAAUCAUUUUCCAAGGCGCUUUAAAAACAAACAAAAUGGUUGUGUGUGUGUAUAUAACUGUGUUUUCUAAUGGUGUUGUUGCAAGCACUACUUUAAAAUCACUGCUCUUACAAACUCUUUCUCCAGCACUGAAAGUAGUCUUGUAGAAAAAAGCAUUUUAUGACUCCAUGUUGUAUGAAUAUUGUUGUGUUUUAUCUUCAUGUCAUGUUUGUCACUUUAGCUCAAAACUAAAACGGUGCCAUAACGGUAAGCCUGUCCAUCUUUCAGUAUAUUUCAAAGCACUUGAGCUACAUUUUACAUAUAAAUCUUUUUUUAUCCACUUUGUCCACCAGAUAACAUUUUAAAGUGACUGUUAAUUGUUUUGUAUUUUCAUUUUGUCGAGUCAAACUCAACUUUGGAACCAAACUCUCCGUACGCUGUUUUGUCGUGGUUCAUUUUUUUAAAAGCACACAGACUUUAUUUUGCUACUUUUAUCACUGAAGGUUGUAGCUGUAUGUAAACAAAACUUUUUAAAAAUGCAGUUUGUCUUUGGGCCGUGUGUUGAAAAUGUGCUCUUGGAUCCUGGAAAUAAAGGAUUUUGUGCAAUCACACUGAA